GUGCCACCAUACAGUAAACCUUGGCCCCGUGGGAAAGUUACUAGUAACUAGCUCGUCCAGAGAAGCAUAUAAAAGCACAGCGUUCCCACCGUUUUCCCUCAAUUGUCCAGCACCCCAACUGAAACGUCUGCAAUACCAAUUCAUCGACCACUCUCAUCUCCAACUAAGGAUCUCCCCAUAAGCAUCUUCACUCACCGCAAUGUCGCUCGACCCUGAGAACAAGAACUACCGGUUCGAGACUCUGCAGCUUCACGCUGGAGCUCAGCCGGACCCGUCCACCGGUGCCCGUGCCACGCCCAUCUAUGCCACAACGUCCUUCACGUUCAAGGACGCUGACCAUGGCGCCCGAUUGUUCGGCUUGGAGGAGUUCGGCAACAUUUACAGCCGUAUCAUGAACCCAACCAACGACGUCUUCGAAAAGCGCAUGGCAGCCCUCGAAGGCGGUGUCCACGCGAUUGCCACAUCCAGUGGUCAAUCCGCCCAAUUCCUCGCCCUUUCCACCCUCGCACAAGUAGGAGACAACAUCGUCGCUGCCAGCUACCUCUACGGCGGAACAUACAACCAGAUGAAGGUCGUUUUCCCACGUCUGGGGAUCAACGUGAAGUUCGCCAAUGGAGACGACCCGAAGGAGCUGGAGAAGCUGAUUGAUGAGAAGACGAAGGCGGUGUAUGUUGAGACUAUCGGGAACCCGCAGCACAGCGUGCCGGACUUUUCGGCUAUUGCAAAGGUCGCUCAUGCUCACGGUGUACCAUUGGUUGUCGACAACACUUUCGGAAUGGGAUCAUACCUCUGCCGACCCAUUGACUUCGGUGCCGACAUUGUCGUUCACAGCGCAACCAAGUGGAUUGGUGGACACGGAACCGUCAUUGGAGGUGUCAUCAUCGACGCCGGUACCUUCCCAUGGAACAACGGCCGCUUCCCAACAUUCACCGAGCCUUCCCCCGGCUACCACGGUCUCAAGUUCUGGGACGCCUUUGGCCCCACCGGCGCUCUUGGCGUGAACGUUGCUUUCGGCAUCAAGGUCCGUGUGGAGCAGCUCCGUGACCUCGGACCGUGCCAAAACGCCUUUGGCGCUUUCCUCCUCAUCCAAGGCUUGGAAACACUCUCCCUACGCGCUCAACGUCACGUCGAGAACACACAAGCGUUAGCGGAAUGGCUGCAAACGCGCCCAGAAGUCGCUUGGGUAUCCUACGCCGGUCUUCCCAGCCACCCAUCUCACCAGCUCGCGAAGAAGUAUCUGCGGAACGGAUUCGGCGGUGUCCUGACGUUCGGUCUGAAGGGCGGCAAGGAGGCCGGCAAGGUGUUUAUCAACUCUGUGAAACUUGCAAGCCACCUAGCCAACGUCGGCGACGUGCGCACGUUGGUGAUCCACCCCUCGUCCACAACGCAUCAGCAGCUGAACAAGGAGGAGCAGGUCGCGUCCGGUGUCUCUGGUGACCUUGUUCGCGUGUCGGUGGGUUUGGAACACAUUGAGGAUAUCAAGGAAGACUUUGCACAGGCGCUGGAGAAGGCCGCGGCGUCUACUGCUCCCAACCCGAUCAACUAGAGAACCCAACCCCUAUCUACUAUACUCACAGACAAGUCUGGAAACGUAGUUAGUGUGCUCAUCCGGUCCCUCACUCUUCAUUAUAUACGUUCGAGUUGCGCUUCUUGGCAGGUCCUAGUGUAGCUUGUACGAUCUCUCAUCAUGCUCGGUCGUCCCGUUUCCUCCAUCUUGUUCCCUUUCCUGUGGUUGGUGUAAAUAUUAGACAGUCUUCGCAAAUCAGACUCUUUCUUUUGAGAACUCGGAAAGUAAGUGCGAGCGACUUUGGGAUCUCUGUCGUCCCCUGCGCGCGUUCCGAAGCCAGCGCCAACAACCAAGCCGGUCC